AUGAAUCCAUCCGUUGUUUGGCUGUAAUUGGUGUAAACACCUUUGCAUCUUGAUAAUUGAUAAAGACAAAGCAUUUACACUUCACAGAAACUAAUUUUUGUAGCAGUAAAAUCACUUCAGAGGGGCAGCUGUAAGCUUGCUGUUUGCUUCUUUGGUUUUAUUAUAUGCUUUGAUUUUUGGUAAAUGUGUUGAUAUUAUAUGGAAGGGAGAAGAUAGGUGCCCCCAUGUGAGAUGCUUUUACUGAGGCUCAUAAUGAUAUUGGCCCCUCUUUACUCUUCCUACUGAUUCUUGAUUUCUUUCUCUUACUUCCUUGAAAAAAGAUUGCUUUUCUUUCUUUCUUGUAUUCCUUUCUUUCAAGUUUUUGAGAGUUUUUAGGCACACCCUUUUCUUUAUAUGCUUUAUAUUUUCAUUAGGGGUUGAGCCAAAAACCAAAAAUACACUACAGCAACAAGAAGAAGAGAAGAAGCAGCAUGAGUGGAAAUCAUAGAGGAGGGGGUGCUAUGGCUGGUCUUUUUGUGGUUCUUUUGACUGUUUACUUUAUUACUUUUAGCCAUGCCUCACCCACCAUUCUUUCUGAUUUGAAUGCUCCAAAAUUCAGGCACUCACGUCUUGCGAAGAGUGCUAUACAACGCCAAACUUCCAAUGAAGAAGUGUCACAACUUUGGACACCUUUGGAACACCAAGGAUGGAAACCUUGUUCUGAAUCUGAUGCUGCCUCCAUACCUGAAAAAUCUGAGGGAUACGUUCAAGUGUUCCUUGAUGGAGGACUAAAUCAACAGAGGAUGGGGAUCUGUGAUGCAGUUGUCGUUGCCAAAAUUCUGAAUGCCACACUUGUGAUCCCUCAGUUGGAAGUAAAUCCUGUUUGGCAAGAUUCAAGCUCAUUCGAGGACAUCUUUGAUGUGGAUCACUUCAUCAAUGCAUUGAAAGAUGACGUAGCUAUAGUCAAAGAGUUGCCUGAUGAAUUCUCUUGGAGCACGCGAGAAUAUUAUGGCGUAGCUAUCCGACCUACAAGAAUCAAGACUGCUCCAGUUCAUGCUUCAGCAAAUUGGUAUUUAGAGAAUGUGUCACCUGUACUGCAGAGUUAUGGAAUCGCUGCCAUAGCACCAUUUUCUCACCGGCUGACGUUUGACAACAUGCCCAAGUACCUCCAACACCUACGAUGUAAAGUCAACUUUCAAGCAUUGGCCUUUGUUCCGCACAUCAGACAACUCGGGGAUGCCCUUAUCACUCGCCUGAGGUUUCCUCCUAGUGAAGACAACAUGGUUAGUAACAACUACCUUAGAGAGGUUACUGAUCUUAAGCCCAAACAAGGAGGUGGCAAGUUCGCUGUUCUUCACCUUCGCUUUGACAAGGAUAUGGCUGCUCAUUCAGCCUGUGAUUUUGGUGGUGGCAAGGCUGAAAAUUUGGCUCUAGCUAAAUACAGGCAAGUAAUUUGGGGAGGAAGGGUCAUCAACUCGCAAUUUACUGAUGAAGAAUUAAGGAGUCAAGGACGGUGCCCAUUGACCCCCGAAGAAGUUGGAUUGCUGCUGGCAGCUUUGGGAUUCGACAACAACACUCGUCUAUAUCUUGCCUCCCAUAAGGUUUAUGGCGGGGAACGCAGGGUUUCAGCCUUAAGAAGUUUGUUUCCCCUGAUGGAAGAUAAAAAGAGCCUUGCUUCUUCUGAGGAAAGAGCUCUUAUCAAAGGAAAGGCUUCAUUAUUGGCUGCAGUUGAUUAUUAUGUUGGCAUGCACAGUGAUAUUUUCGUUUCCGCCUCCCCUGGAAAUAUGCACAAUGCAAUGGUGGGACACAGAACAUACAACAAUAUGAAGACAAUAAGGCCAAACAUGGCAUUGUUAGGCCAGCUUUUCUUGAACAAGACACUCACUUGGCCUGAGUUUCAAGAAUCAGUAAUUGAAGGGCACCAAAACAGACAAGGCCAAAUCAGACUCCGCAAACCCAAGCAAUCCCUCUAUACAUAUCCUGCUCCUGAUUGUAUGUGCCAAGCUUGAGAGGGCCUACCAUAUAGAUCUUUAUUAUUAUUUGUUUGGUCAUCAAAUUAUUGUUUAUUAUGCCUUAUAUUAUAGUUAUAAAUAAGAUGCCACCCCUUUUGUUGACUUGUAGGGGUAAUAUAUAUUUAUGUGUCACCACGUUGAGAUUUACGGUAGGGGUGGAAGGAAUAUGUUGUACAAUAUAUGUGUAUUACUCCUAUGAAGAGUGCAUAUACAGAUAGUAGUAUUCUAGUCUUGACAGAUAUUUUACUAUGUAAUGUCAGUUCUUGUAGUUUAAUCAGAAGGGUGGUUUGUUUCAUUUGGUUGAUGUAGCAGAGGUUGAUAAUUAUCAAAUGGCAACUAGUGGAAUUGAUUUCA